AACAAACAAACAAACAAACAAAAAACAAUGGUCACAAACACCUGUACAUUAUCCUUUCCAAAUUGAGGCUAAUGGAUCUUUCUGUCACUCUGCUCCUACAACCUGCCUCCUGCAUCUCACGCACACUUCUAGCCUGACAUGACCCCCUCCUUUUCAGCAUACUCCCCCUAUUCUAUCCUAACCAUAUACAUUCUGAAAGCACUGCCCAGUGACUCCUGGGACCAGGCCUCUGGUGGACUCCUGGCCUCAUGCUGUCAAGGUGGGUCUUUGGGAGGUAAGAUCAGCAGAAAGGGCGCCCUCAGGUAGCAACUGCCUUUCGCCUGUCUGGCAUUUUCAAGGGCAGAAGAAGAAGACUGAACCCAGACCUGAGAUGGAGUCCAGGCUGGUUCAUGGGGUCUCCUGGGCACCAAGUGGGUAGGGUAUGUCCAUCAUUACGCUCUUAUUCUGCGCAAGUGCAGUCACAGUGAUCCAACUUCCUUUCCUAACAAAUGCCUCUCAGUAGUAAAGAUCAACUCAUCAUUUCUAUUUUUUGAGACUAGCUCAGGCUGGCCUUGAUCCCAAAGCAAUCCUCCUGCUUCAGCUUCCUAAGUGCUGGAAUUACAGGCAUGAACCACCAUGUCUGACUUAACUCACUACAUUUUAAUAUUUAUAUAGUAUUUGAAGGCAUAAGCAGUUUGCCUCUGUGCCUCCCUGAAUAUGCCUGAUCUUGUCCGAAGUUAUGAGCAGACUAUAAAUCAUUAAACCCUCCUCCAUUGGUGAAUAUUCAAAAAUACAGGUAAGUGUUGUUACCAUUGUUUCACUAUCCACCUUUUUUGUCAAUGGGCCAGUGAUUCUGGUGAUUUGGCUUUGAUUUGAUUUGAUGUGGAAUUUAUGGCAGAAAAAAAAAGGACAGCACUCUGUCUUUUCCUUAGACAGGACUCCACUGCUACCUGAGUCACAGCUGCCCUUGUGACAUCAUGAGUCACCCUCUGCUCUCAGCUCAUGCCAAUCCUGGAGCAGCACAAACCUGAGGGGAUUUGAACCAUCUACACCCAGUCCAUGUAUGAACAAUGGAUGAAAAACAGUCAGAGCCUGAAGACCUUAAAGAACCUACUGGCCAUGUUCCUCAGGAGAAACAUCCAGAUGAUCUAUCCUCAGACACAAAGAAGGCAAAGCCCCAGAAAAAACAGGAUCUCUCUGACAAGACCCCAGUUAUAAAGAUCCAAGCGUGGUGGCGUGGCACACUGGUCCGUCGGGUGCUGCUGCACGCAGCCCUCAGGGCCUGGGUCAUCCAGGGCUGGUGGCGGCUGAUCCUGACGAAGAUAAUGGAGAAGAAGCGUCAGUCGGUACUGGAUGCCUUCCAACGGGAGCAGUGGGCAGUGGUCAGGGUGCAGUCCUGGAUCCGCAUGUGGCGAGUCCGCAGGCGGUACUGCCAGGUGCUUAGGGCUGUCCGAAUCAUCCAGUCUCACUGGAGGUGCCACAUCUGCACUUCACGGGGUGUCAUCAAGGGCCACUGCUGAAUUACAGCCAGCCAGAUGCAUCUUGAGCUGGAGAUCUUACUGGGCUCGGGGCCUUGUAUCGUGUCCGAGUGUAUUCCCCUCCCAAUAAAGCAGCGAGGCAGUCUUAUGUGGUUUCUCUGUCUGACAAGUUUCUGGAGGGCAUGAGGGGAGACACUAACUCUGAAGAGUGGCAACCUUGGGUUCCUGUCUCCCUUCUGGACUAGCUCUUCAACCUCAGCUUCUGAGUCAUAAUCAGACACCCCAACGGGAAGCUGUUAAGACAGUCCUGCAGAAUUCUUAUUCCCAUUUUUCCCCGGAGCCACCGAUGGAGAUUAGGUUCACUUCUCCACAUCUGGCCAAUGUGGGAGAUUCUAUGGCAUUCUGCCGCAAGCCCCAUUCUCUGUGAGUGGCCAGGCCUCAGGCUAUACAGACCCAGGAGCUGAGGCUCAGGACUGUUUUCUUCUGCAAGGGAUGUCCAGGCAGUGCUGGGCUCUCUGAAAGUCUCCUUCUUUGACAUAUUAUUCCCCAGGGUGGG